AUGGUUUAUUUUCAGGGUGGAAAACCGAAUCCAGCAUUUAUUAAUGAUGAAGGCAGUAAACUUGAUUUGCGAAUACUUGAACAAGGAUUAUCACCCAAAGUUGAUUACGAACUUGAUAAUGUUGAUCUCGAGCCAAAUAAAGCUACACCUCCGCAAACGGCAACAGAAGGAAAAGAAAGACCUACAUGGAAUAAUGGAAUAGAAUUUUUAAUGUCAUGUAUCGCAAUGUCCAUCGGACUAGGAAAUAUUUGGCGGUUCCCAUUUACGGCAUAUGAAAAUGGUGGUGGAGCAUUUUUAAUACCGUACAUAAUAGUAUUAUUUCUUGUCGGCAAGCCGUUUUAUUAUCUUGAAAUGAUAAUGGGACAAUUUACAAGUAGAUCGUCUGUUAAAAUGUGGGCUGCUGUACCAGGAUUUCGUGGUGUUGGAUGGGCUCAAAUGUUUUCAAUGUUAUCCGUUGGAACUUAUUACUGUUCACUAAUGUCAGUAACAUUAGUUUACUUAUUUGCAAGCUUUAGCUCAGAGCUGCCGUGGGCUACUUGUCAACCUGACUGGGGUAAUAAUUGCGUUGAUUCACAAAAGAAAGAAGGAAGUAAUAUAACUGUACAAUCUUUGGUUAAUAUGACCAACAUGAAAAGCUCAGCUGAACUCUAUUUUACGAAAUCAGUUUUAAAAGAAAAAGACAAUAUUGAUGAUGGAAUUGGCUGGCCAGAUUGGAAGUUGACACUCUGUUUGUUAGCCUCGUGGUUAUGCAUUUUCAGCGUGCUAGUGCGUGGAGUAAAAAGCUCUGGAAAAGCAGCAUAUUUUUUAGCACUAUUUCCCUAUGUUAUUAUGAUUGCGCUUCUUGUACGAGCAGUAACACUAGAAGGAGCUGUUGAUGGAAUUAUUUUCUUCAUAAAACCAAAUUGGGCUAAACUGUUUGAUCCCAGUGUCUGAGAUGUUAUGGUUGUUACAACACUUGAUACAUUUACAAGCCUUCUUGCUGGAAUUACAAUUUUUGGAAUUCUUGGUAAUCUCGCUCAUGAACUUGGUGUAGAAGAUAUAAGUAGUGUUGUCAAAGGUGGUACAGGUCUUGCAUUUAUUUCUUAUCCUGACGCAAUUGCAAAAUUCACUGUUUUGCCACAGCUGUUUUCGUUUUUAUUCUUCUUGAUGCUGUACGUAUUAGGAAUUGGUAGUGGAAUCGCCCUUGCCGGUGGUAUUAUCAGUAUUAUUAGCGAUCAAUUUCCUCAAUUGAAGUAUUGGAAAGUCGUUGUGGGUGUAUGUAUCUUCGGAAUGUGUGUUGGAAGUGUUUACUGCACGCCGGGAGGACAAUUUAUUUUGAACCUGGUUGACUAUUAUGCAGCAUCGUUUAUUGUAUUUACAUUUGCAUUUUUUGAAAUAACUGGAAUAUUCUGGGUCUAUGGACUUGAAAAUAUCCUUGAUGACAUUGAAUUUAUGAUAAAAAAAAGACCGUCUAUUUAUUGGAGACUUUGUUGGGGCGUAAUUACUCCAGUAUUACUUGGAAUAAUAUUUGUAUAUAGUUUAAUUGAUCGUAAACCUCUUGAAUACAGUCAUAUUCUUUAUCCUGACUCCGCUUAUGCCAUUGGUUGGUCACUUCUGGCAUUUGGUGUUCUUCAGUUGCCGUUUUGGAUGAUUUACGCAAUGAUGACAAAAAGAGAUUUAGGAAUUUUUAAGAUGAUUUCAAGUGCAUUUAAACCUUCGGACGAUUGGGGUCCAGAAAAUCCAACGCUUUAUUCUGAAUGGAGACAAUUCAAAGAAACUCUAAGAAAGAAAAAAGAAACACGAACAAGCUCGCAUUUUAAGCAAGUUAUUUAUACUCUUUUCAAUCAAGAAGAAAAAUUGUCAUAA